AUGAGCUACACAGUCAAGGCAGGCGACACCCUCUUCUCCAUCGCUCAAAGCCAUGGCACGACUCUUGAAAAGCUCGAGGCGGCCAACCCGGGCGUAGACCCCAAGAAGCUGCAAGUCGGCCAAGUUCUUCAGCUGCCCAAGUCCGGCGCGCAGCCCAGCAAGGGCAACGGCUACGUCCAGUACGGCGGGCCCGCGUCCAACUUCCCUAAGCCGUCGGAGUGGGCCAGCUGGGACGCCCUCUGGAAGGAGAAUGAGCGUCUGAUGAAGUUCCACGACUCGGACUCCGAGAUCGCCCUGAUCAAGAAGUCGAUCGAGACGGUCGCCAAGGAGUCUGGCGUCGACCACCGCGUGAUCCUCUGCAUCAUCGUGCAAGAGUCGGGUGGUAAUGUGCGCAUCCCAACCACCAACAACGGAGUUCGCAACCCAGGCCUGAUGCAGUCCCACAACGGCGCCGAGUUCAACCCCAAGGACCCUGCUGGCAGCAUCCUCCAGAUGAUCCGUGACGGCACCGAGGGUACCAAGGACGGCGACGGCUUGAAGCAACUCUACAAGAAGUAUGGAAACUACUACGAGGCCUUCCGUGGGUACAACUCUGGCUCGGUCAACAAGCGGGACCUCAACGAUCCCGUCGGGGCGACGGCUUCCUAUGUUCGAGAUGCUGCCAACCGCUUGAUGGGCCAUGUCUGGAAUGGCAUGUUCCAGCGCAUAUGUGGACAAUAUGGUUUUGUGGCCGUGAGAAAGUCUUUGGGAACCGUCAUUGUAGCUGAUGUUGAGUCAACGGGCCAAUACCAGUAG